AUGUCCUAUGAAAUCGGACUGGCCACCCCCGACACGCCAAAUCGGGGCUUUCCGCUAUGGCUUUGUAGCGUACUGAUGGUCAUUCUGGCAGGAAUAUUCGUCCUGUUAAGAUUGGCCAUUCGUUUUCACCGUGGUCGAUUGGGCUGGGAUGACUGGACGAUUCUCACAUCUCUAAUAUGUUCGGUUUUGCUCACCAUCACUGAGUGCUCAGGUAUGAUCGGUCAAUUAGACACUAGACAACCUCUAUACAUCGGACUCUCAACUAACAUUGCAUUAUCUCCAGCCGUUCACAAUGGUUAUGGUAAGCAUGCUUCGGACCUCAGCCACGCCGAACAAAUAAGAGCAUUGAAAUGGUUUUUCGGUGCACAAGUCGUGUAUAAAAUCGUCAUCACCGUUAACAAAGUCUCUUUCUUCUGCCUCUACCUUCGUAUCUUCACAAUGCCAACCUUCCGCCGCAUCUGUUUCAUCGGGAUCGGCGUCGUCACAUCGUGGGGUCUCGCCUACGUCCUUGUCACCAUAUUUCAAUGCAAACCGAUAGCUUCGUUCUGGGACAAAGGGAUCAAAAGCCCAAAAUGCUUAGACAACGAGGCAAUGUGGAUGUCAUACUCGGUGAUCAACAUUAUCUUCGACUUGAUAAUUCUCACACUUCCAGUUAAACCAAUCAGGCAGCUGCGAUUACCAAAGGCGAAGAAGAUCGGAUUGUUGGUUAUCUUCGCAAUGGGCACAUUGUAA